GACUGCGUCUGCGCGAGCUGUUUUGAGGUUGGGCCUGCGUAGCCGCUGCGGUCUAUGGAAAGAGUGUCUUGGAAUAGUCGGCCAGCAGAUAUAGAUGGCCUUCUCGAGUGGUGUAAGGGCUAGGACGCGACGCCCUCUGCGUUCUUAAGGCCUCAGACUUUCUUCUGCGGCCGGCUGGAUUGGAUGCUCGAAGGCCUGGACCCUUCCUACAGCUGAGCCAACGGGAACGCGGAACCUCCGUGGAUCUGCCAAUAGAGAGCGCUCGGCCGUGGGCUGGCGGGGUCUCUGAAUCCCGGAGCACCUGGAACCCAGCACCUGCCUGCAUGUUUAAGAUAUGUAAGAAGACUGCAAUAGUUAAAACGGUUCCCAUUGUCACAGACGUGUGCCCGUGUGCACUGGAAUGCUCUCUAUGAAGAAUGACAGACUGAGUGGACAGAACUGUAAGUAGCUGCCCUAAUAAUCAGUGACAGGCAGUAUAUUUGGCUUAUGCUUCCACAUUACGGUCCAUCGUUGGAGGAAGUCAUGGCAGGAACUCAAGCAGGGCAGGAUCCUGGAAGCAGAGCUGAUACAGGUCAUGGAAGUGUGUUGCUUACUGACUUGCUCCUCCUGGCUUGCCCAGCCUGUUUUCUUAUAGAACCCAGGGCCACCAGGCCAGAGGUGGCUCCACCCAUAAUAGUCUGGACCCUUCCCCAUCAAUCACUAAUUAAGAAAAUAACAGGUUUACCCUCAGCCAGAUCUGAUGGAGGCAUUUUCCCCAUUGAGGUACCCUCCUCUCAGGUGACUCCACCUUGUGUUAAGUUGACAAGAAAUGAGCCAGCAUAGGCCAAAUUUAAGUUUAAAAUUUAUGUACAUCUACAUCCAGGCCAUGAGAGGGUGAUGGAGUUAUAGGCAGUUGGGAGCUGUCUGACACAGGUGCUUGGAACCAAACUAGGGACCUCUGGAAGAGCAGCAAGUGCCUUUAGCCACUGAACCAUCUCUAUUCUCAUCAUUUUCUGUUGCUUACUCUAAAGUGGAGUAGGAUAGUACCUGCCUUUUUCUCCACCUCCACUCUAUCUAUCCCCACUUUUCUUCUCUUGUCUUUAUCACCCUCCUUUCUAAGGACGUGGUUCUGUCCUUAUACAGAGAACACGUGUGGGUCAUUCCCUAAAGACCAUAAGCUACUGUGCUGCAGCUCAUGCCUUCUGUGAUCUUAAGGUCUCCAUAGCAAUUGUUAGUAACUAAUGAAACAAAUACUGUAUGUCUGUUGAGUGAGACUGAUCUAGUCUUUGUGCACAGGAGCUCAGAGUCCAUAAGGAGCAGGUUAUUUUGAGCCAUCUCUGUCUACGAUGUAAGCAGGUUGAUGGAACGGAGUCCUUGGAAACUCAGCAUGGGCUAGAGUUCUGAGCUUUAGCCGGAAAGGUGGGUGCUGAGGCUAUUGGGUUGACAGUCAUGGCCUAACUCCAGGAUGGGUUGUAGAAACUUGCUUGGCUCAUGUAGCUGAAUGCCAGCACUAACUUCAGCUUAAGAUCCCAUCCUGAUUCACACUUUGGGUUCCUCGGGACUGGACAGGAACCUAGGGGAGAGGGCAGGUGAGCAUAGAGGAGCCCUGGGAACUGAGGGGCAUGGGUCCUGGGACAAUUAUAUGCCUUGUUGGAGUUGCUAGCUCAGUUGCCAGCUUCCUUGCCUGGAAUCCCUGAGCUUGCUUUUGGCCCGAUUCUGCUGACAGUUCUAGAAUUUCUAGGAUGUCACCCAAGGUAUCAGAAGCAGAUGCAUUACCUAAUAUGUAUCCAUUGGGUCUGGUAAGUGUACGUCAUCGGUAAGUCAGAGCCCACUGAAGGGCUUAGAAUACAAAUCAGACACUUACUGCUAAGCUUUUCCCAUACCUGAGAUCAUAACAUCCUCUCUAGGAAUAACGACUCAACACAAAGCUCUUAACUUUCAGGAUCUACAAGUCCUGGUGACAGAAGAAAAGCACUGGCUUUACCACUUACCUGCAUUAUUAGCUCAGGAACUCCCAAAGCCACGGCAUUACCUAUGGGAGUGCACCUGCCCCUUCUGCUGCUCUCUGGCUUCCAUGAUGCUGUUCUUCCCUUGCCUGAAGGGAAGGAAAAAGUAGAAGCAAAGGGCCGAGACUUGCUGUCCUUGCUGUCAUAGUGGGAUGCAGCAUGGUUUGUUCAUCCUGAGCCGAUGCGUGGAUAUUCAGGCAUUUCUCUGUUUCACAUUUUAGAGCAACACAGCAGGCUUUUAAUUAGGAGCAGAAUACACACUUCAUCACAUCCAUGCACAGAAGGUCUCAGAGGCUGGCCUAGAAGCUUGGGAACACUUUCCCGCUCUAAAUUGAUAGAUACCUGGCAUUUUCUUUUCUUUUUUUAAACAUUGUCAGCUAUUCGAUGUUUUUGAAUCAUAUUUUAGAGUGAGAGAAAACCACUUGCUCAUUUUAAGUGUUUUUCUGGAAAAGAAAUAAUUCACAGAUGGGGAUAGCUUCACUUCAAGAAUAGAAAUACAGCUUCCCAAUAUUCCACAAUAUGGCUUUGUUCUCUAAAUUAUAAAAUCAAGGCAGAGCCGAAAUGGCGACAGAAGGCAUGGAACUGGAGGCACAGACCCAGCUCAGCAACUUGCAGUUUUCCUUCACUGGGAACCUAUUUGAACUUAAAUUAUGCACAGUAAAUGUCAAAUCUUUCCCCAUUUAUCUUAGUAACUGAGGAAUCCUGUAUAUCGGGGAAAGCUCUUUGUACAUCAAAGCUCCUUAACAAUGCAAGUUGUCUUAUCUUCCUGUGGGAGGAAAUGUCAGCUUGAUUGAUGUGAUCUGGGGAGUGAGGGCUUCUCUCUCCUGCCUCAGCUCUGAUUGCUUGCUCAGGGGAAAGCCCUUUUAGGGCAGCCCCUUCAUUUUAGCACCUGACAUCUACCCCAUGAGUCACCUUUAGAAACAGGCCACCAUGAGGAUCAGAACCCACACCAGGCCUAGUGACUCAUUACAGCUGAGACACCUGCCCUUCAGUAAAAAGUAAUAAGGAAGGGAAGAUAUGCAAGGAAUGUGUUUUCCAGCAGCCCCAUGUUCUGUCCUCUGAGCCCUUAGAACUAACACAAUGGGUGUCCAAGAGCUUGGUCUUGUGAACUUGACAGUGGUACAUGGGACUUACCCUAAUAUGUCCAGCUGGAGCAGCACCCCAGCUCCCCAUGCAGGAGCCAGGUGAUUAUAGAAGGUAUCGCCCUAGUGGCCAAGGCCAGGAGCCCAACAAAGUCAGGAACUGAAGCUGUGCUUCCAGAUUGAAAGUUUCACCUCUCUCCUGCCUUCUCUUUUUUCUCCCACCCCUUUAUUUAUUAGGGUCUCAUGUAGGCCUAUCUGACCUUGGACUCUCUGUGUAGCCCAGGAUGACAUUGAACUCCUUCCUCUGUCUUUCCAGUGCUGAGAUUACAGGUGUACUCCACCACACGGGUACAUACAUAAGUGCGUGCCACCGUGCCUUUUUAGUUUAUCGGAACUAGUUUCUUCAUCGCCAAGAGUUAGGAGCAACAGUUCCUAUCCUUGAGCAUGAGUUAGGAGGGCUCUAGAAAGUAAACCAAAAUUCUAUGCCAGCCUUAUUUGUGGCCUCAAUGAGAUAUUUGUUACUGAGUUUCAGAGAGGUGGGAGUCAUUUAUGGGUCCCAGUCCAUACAUACAUGUACAUAUAAACAUGUGUAUAUAUGUAAGUUAAAUGUGUGUGUGUGCGUGUGUGUGUGUGUGUGUGUGUGUGUGUACACAUUUCCAGAGAAGGAAGUACCAGCCCUUCUUGGAGGAGCUUCAUUAGGCACAAAGCUGGCGGCAGGUGCUUUCUUCAUUAGGGAGCUGUUGCCCUCUACUGGACGAGACAGGAGAAGCAACUCAGUGAUCACUUUGAAAGUCCUGGAAGAGACCAAAGUGUAUGCUGGUUGGGAUUAUGUGCUCACAAAAGCAUCCUGGGAAGAGAAAUUCCUUUAGAUCAGAGGCUGAAGCCUGCCCAUAUGAACUGGCAGAAUCUUUACACACUAGCACACUCACUGUAAGACCCUGGACAGAAACUUUUUUUUUUUCUUUUUUUUCAGAGCUGGGGGACUGAACCCAGGGCCUUGUGCUUGCUAGGCAAGUGCUGUACCACUGAGCUAAAUCCCCAACCCCGCGACAGAAACCUUUUUUAUCUUAGCCUUUUGAGUGGGGGUGAGAUCAUUAGGAUGCAUCUGAGCUAUGGACAUGCCCUAGCCCUGACCUUUGGCCUUAGCUCUCACUUGCUGCCAGAGAUGAGGGAAUGAGAGAAGGAAGAAGGGAGAACAGGAAGGAAAAGUGAGUGGAAGCAAGGCAGGGGUGUGUGUGUGUGUGUGUGUGUGUGUGUGUGUGUGUGUGUGUGUGUAGGUUCUCAUUCCUUGACAGAUGACCUGGCCCAGCCAACCUCACAAAGCACAAUAGGUCUCUACUAUCUGGGGUUCUGGGGAAAAUGCAGGGCUGCCUCUGAGGCAUGGCUAAUUGUUCUGUGUUCCAUUCAAGGAUGAGACUUUGGGCUCAGGUCUUCACAGGAGACCCAGCUUUGUCCAGACGACUUGUUUAUGGCUAUGAAGCUUUGGUAAACACAACUGUUUACCAAAACAGGUCAUAGUCAAUCAGGCAGUUUCUGCCACAGCUUUUCUAUGAGCUGGAAUGUCUGGCUGACCCUUCUUUAAUGAUCCUCAUCUCCUUUCAGCCCUUCUGUUAACCUUCUGCUGGAGUCACCUUAAGAACCCAACAUCUGUCUGAUACUAUUAGUGAAAUUUCCCAUGAUUCCUCAUGAGAUAUGAGAACUCCUCUAAACCUUACCUAGAUGCUGAAGCCAGCCAGGGAUCUCAGGCCUCCUUGUGAGAUGAUGUGCCAUUUCUCCUUUGGCUAACCCUUUCCUGUGUUGACUGUUGAGGCUAAUGUAUCUAUGCUUGCAUUCCCUGAGCAGUGAGUGAGUGGGGCCUCACUGGGACAUGAGGUUUUGGAUAGGAUUCAGAUGAGAGACUUUUACAAAUUAUUUAUUGUGUAUGGAUGUUUUGCUUGCAUUGUGUCUGUGUGUAACAUGUGUUUAGCUGGUAAAGGCUAGAAGAUAGCAUUGGAUUUCCUGGGCCUGGAAGUAUAGAUGGCUGUGAGCCACCAUGCUGGGAACAGAACUCUGAUCCUCUGGAAGAACAGCCAAUGCUUUUAACUGAUGAGCCAUCUCUCUAGCCCCAAGUUGAGGCUAGACCAAGUUGUCUCAAGACCCAGAUACAUUGGAAAGUGAUUUUAUUGUAAAGGCAAAGUGCAAAACAGAAACAGGUAAGAUGGAGACUGAGAGACACUGCAGUAAUGUACUUUGAAGACAGAAGGAAGGACUUUAGAGAAAGUCACCCAGACUGCAGUGAAGCUGGUUGUGUGUUUCUGAUAUCCUGAUCUGAGGGAGAGUCCAUUUCUGUUACUGAAAGUCAUGAAGUCUGUGGCAGUUUGUUACAGUAGCUCGAUAAAACUGUAUAGCAACCAGCCCUCUUCUUUGGACUCCUCUGUUUUUUGACACUAGCUCUUCACCAGAGAUGUUGUUUUAUUUAAUUUUUAAGAUUAUAAUAUACUUACAAAAUUUCUCCCUUCCCUUUCCUCCCUCAAACCUUCCCAGGUGCUCUCUUCCACUCUCCGUCAAGUUUAUGGCCUCCUUUUUAACUGUUAUUGCAUGCAUGUAUAUGUGUAUGUUUAUAUAGGAACAUAUAAGGUUAUAUAGGAAUAUAUAUAAGGUUAGUCAUAAUAUAGCACACAUACAUAUCAUAUAAAUAUGUAAAUAUAUGGAUUAUGCUACCUGUAUGUAUUUAUGUUUUCAGUGUUGACCAUUUGACACUGGACAACCCAGUUGCUGUGCUCUUCCCUAGAGAAGACCACCUCUGCCACCCCCAGCUUUCUUCGGUAUCCUAUAGUUUUUUGUGUAGGGUUGAGUCCUGUGGGCUUUUGCCUAUCCACUUCAGCAUAUGCACUUGUGCAAGGAGGUCCUUGUUCAGCUAAUGUUUGGGAAGUCAUGUUGGUGAGACUUUAUGGGUAUAGCUUUGGAGGCUAUCAGGAGAUAGCCUCUAACUUCCUGAUUAAAGUCUUUCUGUCCUCUCUUCUACAAUAUUCUCUGAGCCUUAGGUGCAGGAAUGUUUUGUGCAUGUAGCCACUGGGACUGGGCUUCACAACUCUGCAUUUUGAUUGGUUGUUGUUUUCUGCAAUGGUCUCCAUCUUGUGCAAGAGAAGUUUCCUUGAUGAGGGGUGAAGACCGUGCUUAGUCCAUGGGUAUAAGGACUGACGAGUGGCUAGACUAUUGUUAGGAUUAUGGUGGUUUAGUAAAUUGGUGGUUAUAGAUUCUCUCACACUUCUAUAACCUCCUCAGUGCUGAGUAGUUAGCUAGGUUUCCAGUACCAGGCAUCAUUUUCUUUGAGCGGGUCUUAAGUCCAACAAGAGAGCUGUCGGUUACCACCAAGGUGUGCACCCCACUACUGCACCCUUAGGGGUGCUGUGCCAUGCUGGUCCUUGCUGUGGUUCAUAGGUGUCAUAGCUUAGGACACAAGGUAGGACUUUUGGUUACUUCCCUCCUUUGGAAGCUGGCGUGGCUUCUUGUACCAUGAAAGCUAUCUCUCAGAGAUGGGCCAUUUACAUUUUAGAGAAAUCCACCUUAGUUUUUCUUUCACAAGUGUGAUUUGGCUUUGGUAUUGUAUCUAAAAACUCACUGCCAAAGCUGAUGUCACACAAAGAUCUCUUACAGUUUUUGUUUUUGUUUUUUAAAGAAUCGUACGUGUUUGUCAUGCCCUUGCCUUUAGGUCUAUAAUCCACUUGAGCUGCAUUUGAGAGGUGUCCAUCUGUGUCUAAGUUACAUGCUUUUGGCUUGUGGACAUUGGGGAUUUCAGCAACUUUUGUGGAUUAGACUUACUAUGUCUUCAGACACACCAGAAGAGGGUGACAGAUCCCAUUACAGAUGGUUGUGAGCCACCAUGUGGUUGCUGGGAAUUGAACUCAGGACCCCUGGAAGAGCAGUCAGUUUUCUUAACCACUGAGCCAUCUCUCCAGCCCUAGACUUUCUUUGUACCAUUGUUAUGUCUCCUUUGUCAGAAAUCUGUUGAUACUGUGUAUGUCUAUUUCCAGACUGGCUCCUCUACUCCAUUGUUUUUAUUUAUUUAUUUUUUCAAGCAUCAUACUAUUUUACCUUUUGUCACAUAUGAACUUAUUUGAUGUCAGUGUUGCUCCUCUGAUGUUGCUCUGCUUUGAUGAGUCUGGAAUUCUGAUGUUAAUUCUUUUGAUACUUAUGCCCAGUUACAGUGCUGGUACAGAGGAAAGAAGUCAGCUUUUAUGUGGUGACUCUGUCCUGCAGCCUGGUUGUGAUCUCCAGGAGGUCGUCCCUCCCCCCCAGCUGAGGACUGAACCCACAGAAGGUCUUUUUGUUGGAAUUUUCCACAUAGACAAUGGGAUAAUCAGAACAAAGACUUUUUGGUUUCCUUUGUUGUUCUACAUACAUUUUAUUUUCCUUUCUUGUAUUCUUUCGGCUCUUGUUGGCUAGGACUUCCUCUGUGAUGCCAAGUAGGCAUGGUGACAUGGGCACCACAGCCUUGUCCUUCCUUUUUUUUUUUUUUUUUCUUUCCCAGAUAAGCCUUGUCCUUCCUAAUCUCAGGUGGAAAUAAUCUUUUUUCACCAUUAAGAAAGAAGGCAACUUUGUUUGGUUUUAAUGUUCUUUCUUAAUUUGGGAGAAUUCUACUCUACUAGAAUUUUACUAAGUUAUUACAAAACUAUCUUUUAAAGUUUUUUUAAUCUACAAAACUCCUUUUAAAAGUUUUACAAGACUGUUUUCCAGAAUAAGCAAUGGAGACAUUUCUAGAAGCAUCUCUUUCCUCACUGCUGUUCUGUAGAUGCUGUCCUAGCUCCUGUGCCCUAUAUGCUCUAUGUGUUAAUCCCUUUUCUCUAUCCCCAACCUGUGCCCUGUGUUCUAGUCCCUCUCUUCUCUAUCCCCAUUCAAUCUCCAUGACUUGAGUCUUUUCCAGGCCUUUUCCUCAUUUUGGUAAAGUGGUUAGACCACUAAUGGUUCAGAAUGUGAUAUAAUCAACUGUGUGUUUUGUUUUGUUUUAUUUAGGGCAAAUUUCCCUUUAUGAAACAUUUAAACAGUCAACUUGCUCAGGCCGGUUCUCCAUUGCCUGUCUUAUUGGACUCAUCACUGCUAUAGGCUGCGCCUUGGGCUUAGAUCCUGCUGGAAAAAUACCACGUGAAUCUUCACUGGCAGAUGUGCUACCUGAUCACCGAACAGCCCCUGCCAGAACCUCUGCUGUGAGCACGACAAAAGCUGGCCAAUCUCCUCCAGGCUGGCCAGGCUCCAGCCCUAAAAGUAACUCACGUGUUCACCUGCUGUGUUAUCUGGACGCCCACUAAGUGCAGCACCCUCCACUGUGCCUUUCAGACCAGCACCAACAAGGAUGUAUCCCUUCCUCCCUCCGGCUAGACUGUUACCAGGAUCUCCAGCACCCUUUCUUCCUUCUGGACCAUCAUGUCCCCAACCUAGUGGUCCUUAUCCAGGCCCUGCUGUACGAGUCCCUGGCCACACAAAGCCAUAUGUUACAACAAAUAUGCCCUUUCCAGAGCUACCUAGGCCAAAUAGUGCACACACAGAUCCAGCUGGUCCUUUAGGUACACAGGGAUCCAUGUCUUCUGGACCUUGGGCGCCAGGAAUGGGAGGGCAGCAUCCCAAUGUGCCAUAUCUAUUUCCAGAGCCAUCUCCCACUCCUCCCCUGCCAGUGUCAGGAGCACCACCUGUUGCAUGGGUCACAGUGCCACCAGGAGCCUGGAAACCACCGGCAUCCUAUCCUUCUCCUGAAGCUUCAUAUCCCACCCCAGGACUCCAGCCUUCUCCGAAUAAUUCCUACCAACUGCCUCCAGGACCUUCUGGUGCUUCACCAAUGCCUGGUAACCUUCAUAAAGUGAAUGAAAUGCCAGGUGGCUCCCAUUCUGAUUCGUCCAACCCGGAGAGCACCUUGAUGACCACUGGGCAAAAGAAGCAGCUGAAGGGAGACAACAAAGCCAUCAAGAGGAGACGUUACAAGAAGAAAAGCAAGCGAGUAACCUGGGGAGACAUCAAGACUCUAACUCACAAAGCUGAGACAUUGGGGAAACAACAAGGACACAAUACUACUGACCCCAAAAUGAUGCUGCUUUGUUUAAUGACUAUGCUGCAUGUUAAUUCUCAGCAGGAACACGAAGGGUCCAAAUGACUCUUGUCUAGGAGAAUAAAAGGCACACCUGUAAUAAA